CAAUUUAACCUCAUAAAAAAUCACUGACGUGUCUUUAGUUUGUAGUUUUCUAAUAAAUAGAAAUUCGAAUUGCGGGUAAUUUUUCUAUAAAAGCUUCCAAUGUAUGGCCAGAAAUAGGAGUGUCGAUCAUUCAUUCAUUACGUUAUAUUCGUUUAAGUUUGUAACAUAGCGCUAAUAGGAUGCAAAAACAAAAGUUCUUAAUUUACGCAGCUGGAAUCUUUGUUUCGUACUUUUACUACGGUAUUUUACAAGAAAAGGUGACCAGAGGCAAAUACGUGCACGAGGAAGUACUAGCAGACGGAACCAAGACAGUUAUCAGUGAGAAAUUUACCUUUGCAUUGACUCUAGUUUGUACACAAUGCAUUUUAAACUACAUCAUAGCCCAGAUAGCCUGUUUGAUAUGGCCCCAAGGUGAAGACAAGACGGCCAAGCUAUAUUACGCCAGUGUAUCCACCACGUACUUGCUGGCUAUGGUCGCCUCAAAUAUGGCAUUGCAGUGGGUAUCUUAUCCAACUCAAGUCGUAGGAAAGUCUGCCAAACCCAUCCCAGUAAUGCUAUUGGGUGUUUUAUUAGGGAGGAAAUCGUAUCCUUUGAGAAAAUACGUCUUCGUAUUUUUAAUAGUGUUUGGGAUAAUUAUUUUUAUGCUUAAGGAAAAGGCUUCGAAAUCAGCAAGUGAAGAAGGUGGUUUUGAUACAGGAGAGCUGUUGUUGUGUUUGUCUCUAGUUAUGGACGGUAUAACUGGUGCUGUUCAGGAACGAAUUAGAGCAGAAUCGAAACCUUCCGGCAUACAAAUGAUGAGGUCCGCCAACGGCUGGUCGAGUCUAUCUCUAAUUUUUGUGAUACUCAUCUCUAGUGAAGUGUUCGAGUUUAUAAAAUUCGCAAAUAAGUUUCCUAGUAUUUACUAUAAUCUUCUCUCUAUCGGCGUUUUGUCGGCAGUUGGACAGCUGUUUCUCUAUUCCAUGGUGUCAGAUUUUGGACCUUUGGCUGUUUCAAUUGUGACGACCACCAGAAAAUUCUUCACAGUUCUAGGCUCGGUGAUCAUUUUUGGCAAUAGUCUCACUGUCACACAAUGGUCUGGUGCUAUUAUCGUGUUCGUUGCAUUGUUUUUAGAUGCGUAUUUUUCCAAGAAAACAGUGAAAAAAGAAAUAAAAAAUUAAAAAUGCUUUAAACAAAACUA